GAACUAAAAUCUCAAUCUCUACAAACUCAACAACCUUCCCUAAACCCUAAAUCCCCAAAAUGGCGUCGGUUCCUCUUCUCCGUUUCUCUCUUUGCCACUCUCCGCCGGCGACUUCUCCGGCGACCAGACAAUUCACCUCCACAACAAACGCCGCCUUACAGCCGCCACUCCUCCUCCGGCCACUACGCAGCAUCUCAGCUUUCCCCACCAUUCGACCAUUGCGACUCCCAUCAGCCCGCCGCACCACUCCUAUAUCAAUGUCCUACAAUCCGACUGUAGCCAUCGACCGUCUCGUCUCCGCCGUAUCCUACUUUCUCCCCUUCUUCAACGGCCUACAAUACGGCCGCUACCUCUUCGCACAGUAUCCUAAAUUCGCUGUCCUGUUCGAGCCUAUUCUUCCUCUUCUCAGUUUGUAUCGUUCUGUUCCUUACGCAAGUUUCGUCGCAUUUUUCGCCUUGUAUCUUGGUGUUGUUCGAAACCCUAGUUUCAGUCGAUACGUUCGAUUCAAUGCUAUGCAGGCGGUUGUUCUUGAUGUGUUGUUAGUGAUACCAGUUCUGUUACUUCGAAUAUUUACUCCAGGUCGAUCUGGGAUAGGGUUUAAGCUGAUGGUGAUGGGCCAUAAUGCGCUUUUUACCUUCGUUGUAUUCUGCUUUGUUUAUAGCUUGGUGAGUACUAUCCUUGGUCGGACACCAUACUUGCCGUUUGUUGCAGAUGCUGCUGGUAGGCAAUUGGGAGGUUAGUAAGUAAAGCUGUAAUGGUGAAAGGCAUUUCUUGUUUUGAAGAGUGUUUUUAACUUUACUUGUUUAUGUGAUGCAACUCUCUCCAUAUAUUGAGUUUUUUUUUUCCAUUA